AUGUCUGAUUCUUACCAAACGUAUCAAAUUAUUCAACAACCAAAAGAUAAUACAUAUGAUUUCAUUUUUGAAACUAGUGGUGAAAUAACGAAUGAUGCCAGAACUAAAAAAUUACAACGAAAUGCUAAAGAUAUCGUGCGUCUCAUUAAUGUUCCAUUCCCCCCAAAUUUAUCUGCGGAAGAUCUAAUAAGACCCAGAAAUGAGAAAUGUGGCAAAGUGAAAGUACCUAAUAAAUUCUUUAUAUACAGAAAAUGGUAUACCAUGUGUUUGGCCAAUGGUGGACAGACAAAUUAUCAAACUUCAAUUUCUCGUUAUAUUUCUGAACAAUGGCGCAAUGAACCUGAACACGUAAAGAAUUAUUAUGGUACCUUAUAUAUACGUGCAGGUGAAUUGUUCAAAGAAAGAUAUAAAAAAGAUGGAAUUAAAAAACAAACUCCUCUUAUGAGGUUUGAACCUCCAUUAUUUUCUACGGCUUUACGUCAUUUACCAAAUAAUUGCAUAUCUUCACGUGUAACACAUUCAUCUCCUAAAUCUUCAGAUCACAUCUAG